AUGGCGUUUAAAUCCGUUGCAGCCAUCUUUCUCUGUCUAUUUUCAGCUUGCGGUCACGCAAGUGCUCUUCAUAAACAGCAUGCCAUUGUGGACAUAGAAAAUCGUGUUCGCUUUCACGGAUCAUCGGCCAGCAAUAUCGAGUCGUUCAUUAACAUACGCUUCGGUCAGAAUACCGGUGGCAGUAAUCGUUUUGCGGCACCCAAGCCCUACAGCUAUCCGUAUGGCUCAGUGGUAAAUGCCACUCAGCCAGGUGCAGCUUGCCCACAGCAGAAGGUUCCUAUCCAGGGGCUUGCAGUUUUUGACAAUGUAACCCACAUCUCAGAAGAUUGUCUAACUCUACGUGUCGAUCGACCAGCCAACACAUCAAGGACAUCCAAGCUUCCUGUCAUGGUAUACAUCUAUGGCGGCGGAGAUUCCAUCGGCCAGAUUUAUGAUCCAAUCUACGAGCCAGGGUCCUUGAUCUCCAACGCCGUUCAACAGGGCUUCCCUGUAAUGUAUGUGGCUAUGAACUACCGAGUCGGUGUAUUUGGCUUUGCUGCAUCCCCAGCUUUGAACGCAACGGGCUCUCUUAAUGCGGGCCUCCUUGACCAGCGACUCGGUCUCUCUUGGGUGCAGCAGCACAUAUCAGCUUUCGGUGGAGACCCUGAUAAUGUCACUAUCUUUGGAGAAAGUGAUGGUGCUACUGGAGUCGGCCUUCAGAUCACCGCCUAUGGCGGAGAUAUACCGAAGACCCCAUUCAAAAGGGCUAUCAUGCAAUCAGGCAGCGCCUCUGCAGACUCAGGCACUGCUAGCAACAUAUCAGCAGUACAUACGAGUGAGCUGAUAAAGAAAAUCAACUGCACAUCCUCCAGCAGCGAGGCCGAGUUUGCUUGCCUGCGGGAACUGCCGCUUGACAGACUGCUGUCAGCUGCGGUUGAAUACGAGUUUAGCGUUAGCAAUUUUGGGUUUGAUGUCUUUGAGCCGACAUCUCCGUCGACCUUUAUUCCUGACAGCCCUUCAACGCUAUUGACAACUGGUCGAUUCGCUCACGACAUUGACAUUAUUGCUGGCUGGACUGAAGACGAUCAGUCUUUCUUUGCACCAUCCACACUCAACUCAACCACGGAUCUUGUCCAGUUCAUUUACUCCCAGUUUCCAGCCUUUUCGAAGAGAAACGUCCAGAGAGUUCUUUCUCUAUACUCUGUUACAUCCUUCUCGGACAUGUCCUCAGAGAACAUUUCAGCCCAGUACUUCCGUGCAAGCCGAAUGCUUCGAGACGCCCAAUAUGCUUGCCCAAGUCUGCAUAUGGUGCAAAUGAAUCAUAAAUACUCCGACGGGAAGACUUCGAACUAUCUCUACGUCUUGAACCAGACCCUAUUUUCUCCGCUAUUUGCCGAGAUGGGGACCUCUUACCUCGGUAUCUCACAUUUCAGUGAUAUUCCCUAUGUCUUUAAUCUGGCGAAGACCAGAUACUCUUUCCUGGCUUCGCCAUCGGACAUAAAGUUGUCCACGGAAAUGAGUAGUAGCUGGGCUUCCUUCGCUGCAUUUGGAGAUCCAUCUCGAAGACAUGGGACAAUAACUAACUGGGAUGACGCCAUGGAUCAAAUUUCACUGGGUCAAUACAACCUUCGAGUAGUUGGUGGUCCAAACGAAGGCCUCAAAGCCAUUGGGCAUGACAAGGAUUCCUAUGAAGAACUGGCUAAAAGAUGCGACUUUUGGAGCUCUGCCGAGGUACUUCGAGAAAUGGCAGUGUAA